AUGGACGACAUUCUUUUAAGAAGGCUUAGGCUCAUUAACGAUAAACUCACUACGGACUUAGAAAUAAUUCCUGAUAUAGUAAAUUCAGAAAACUUAAUGCAGGCUCAAAUUGCAUACAGUAAAUUGGAAGCGUCUCUGAAAAGGCUUGGCAGCGACCUGAUAGAAUAUUUCCGACUAGCUUCGACUCCCGCGUCCGAUGAAAUCUGCUUAAUAAGUGAAGUACAACUUCAAGCCGAGGAGACUUUAGCGGAGCUUAAGGUGAAGAUCGACCAAGUGACUUCGACGAACAAACCUUCCGAGAAACUAACAGAACCGAACUCCUCGUGCCGACUUCCUAAACUUCAACUGCCGGUGUACAGCGGGGACGUACUAGCCUGGUGUGAAUUCUGGGACGUCUUCAGAAGCAACAUCGAUUCAAGGAACCUGCCUGAAGUGGACAAGCUAUCAUAUCUUAAGACUUCAGUGGCAGGAGAUGCCAAGAAAGCCAUUGACGGACUGUCAACUACUAAUGCCAACUAUGAUAUCGCAGUUUCGAUAUUGAAAGAGCGGUUUGGCAAGACGUCUCAUUUAAUAGAUGCACACUAUGCUGCACUAUAUAAGGUUAAGAUGGCAAAAGGCUCCGCUGAAGAUUGCAGGAAGACAUUCAACGAAAUUGAGAAGCAUCUUAAAAUUUUAGAGUCGUUAGGUGAAGAUAUUAACCACAAUCAUCUACGAUUCAUGCUAUUGGAGAAAUUUCCUUCGGAACUAGUAUACGAAAUAAAACUAAAAGUUAAUGAUGAAUCUAUACAGGAACUCAGAGGCCAGUUAGAUAGAAUUAUCACCGCUAAGGAGGAUUCAGAAAGGAUCUCGGGCAGGAAACGCCCUCAUGAAACGGAAGAUAGUACCGUUGGAACUCUUCAUAUAAACGCAAAACGUGCGAAAUACGCAAACCAACCCCAACCACAACACAGUAACCAGAAGAAACAAAACCAACAAGGAGGCUUUGAUAGAAGAUCGGUGCAGAUCAAGAAGUUUAUUGGUUUUAAGAAACAGAAUAAAGGGAACAGACCGAACCAAACUCAAACUUCAAAUAAAGGUCAAUCCGAACCUCAGCCAGGCCCCUCUGGAGAGAAGAAAGAAUGGAAGGAAGGCCCGGUGAAGAAACAGUUGUGA